GCAUCGCGCCAUCGGCAUCGCCAUCGGCGUGUCCAGGCCGUGACGCGUUCUGCUUAUCGAUCUCGGUCGGUCCCCAGAGGUGACGUGUUCCGCAUAUCCAUCCGCGCCUUUUCCGCCUCCAUAGUCGGCAGCGGCCGCGGCCGCGGCAGCUUGCCUUCCUAUAUUUUUGGGUUAGGUGGCGCGCAAGUUUCCAAUCGCGUCUUCAAAUAUUUGGCUGCCGGAGCUGCAAGCAUUGAAGUCGAUAGAGCAUCGUCGGGAGAGCAAAAGUUGCGUCUUUUCUUACAGGCCGUCUGGUGUUUCCUUUUAACCGCGCUCAUCCUUCGAUAAAACUUGAGAAAAAUCAAGGUCGCACCGGUUUUGAGGGUAAAGUCGGAGACUUUCAGGGGGUUCGGGUGGGGAGCGGUGAGAAAAUGGACGGUACGAGGUGGAUGAAAGCCGUUCGAGUGCCGUCGCCGGGAAUCGCUCUUACCUGCGAUGCCACAUUCCGCCAUCGACACGAAGUUGCUUCUUUGGCGCCGCGAGCCAGCGCGGUAGGCGGCAAGAGCGCGACGGAGACAUCGUCGACUUCCGCUUCUUCUUCGAUGCCGUCGAGGCAGUCGUACGUGUUUCCGAUUAGGACGAUGUGGUUGUGGCCCAGGAGCCAAGGGCCGGGGGUGGGAAAGGAAAGUAAAGCGGAGGAUAAGGAAGAUGCGGAGGACAAGGAAGAUGCGGAGGAGCAUGAAACGGCCACCGAAACACAAAGGGUCAGUUGGGUACAGAACAUACUAAGAGUGGGGUUGAUCUGGGCGGGGAAACAGGAUAAGGCGACAGGCUACUCGGAGGAGGUGGAGGAGGAGGAGUUGUGCGUGGGGCAAGAUUGCGUCCAGAGUUGCCAAGGAUGCGCCAACCCUGGCCAAGUGGCGGACAGGAUGGAAUUCGACACUGAGUCCUUCUCGCGCCUCCUCCGAAGAGUAACAUCCAGGGAGGCGCUACUCUUCGGGAAGGUGGCUAUGCUCAGCAGCCUUGCCUAUGAUAUUCCAAAGAUAAAGCAAAAAGGCCUCCUUAAAUGCUAUGGUUUGCGAUUUGUGGCCUCUUCAUUUGAUAUAAGAGGUGAAUCAUCAACUACUGUUGAAGAUCCAACACCUAUUCAAGAUGAAAAAUUGAAAGAAGUCAACAGUGAAGAACAGAACAAUGAUAAUCAGAAAGGUGAAACAGUUACUGGGUUGAAUGAUUUUGCUGCCUACCGCAUUGCAGCUUCUGCUGCCUCCUAUUUGCAAUCCAGGACAAAGGGCAUCCUUCCUUUCAGUUCAAUUCAACAGAAAUCAAGGAAAAAUUCAACUGAAGCAAGCAAACAAAAUGAAGGAAAAGGUAUAAGUAUCAAAGAAGUAUCUUUCAUCGCCACUACAAAUUCAGUUACUGCCGUGGUUGCUGGAAAGGAGGAGAUGAAAGAUGCAGUUGCAAAGGACUUGAAUUCAGCCAAGAGUUCACCUUGUGGUUGGUACAUAUGUGAUGACAUGAGAAGCAGUACUAGAUAUUUUGUAGUUCAAGGUUCUGAAACACUGGCUUCUUGGCAAGCAAAUCUUCUGUUUGAGCCUAUCCAGUUUGAGGAUCAAGAUGUGCUCGUACACCGAGGAAUUUAUGAAGUUGCAAAAGGAAUUUACCAACAAAUGUUGCCUGAAAUCAGAGCUUACAUAAAGUUUUAUGGUGAUUCUGCAACUCUGCGCUUCACUGGCCAUUCUCUCGGUGGAAGUGUUGCAUUGCUUCUGAGCUUAAUGCUGGUAAUACGUGGAGAAGUACAAGCCUCAUCCUUACUGCCCGUUGUAACUUUUGGCUCCCCGUAUGUCAUGUGUGGUGGUAAUCAUUUGCUCCACAAAUUGGGUUUGCCCACAAAGCAUGUCCAAGCCAUAUCAAUUCAUAGGGAUAUUGUUCCCCGAGCAUUUGCAUGCCACUACCCUGAUAAUGUUGCCAACAUUCUAAAGGCUAUUAAUGGAAAUUUCCGGCAUCAUCCAUGUCUGAUGAACCAGAAACUGCUAUAUGCUCCUAUGGGGAGUCUUUUGAUCCUACAACCUGAAGAAAAAUUUUCACCACACCACCACCUUCUUCCACCAGAUACAGGCCUCUACGUCCUGGGAGGUUCAUCGUCCUUGAAUUCAGAUUCUAAGAGGCUAUUGCAGGCAGCAUUGUCAGCGUUCAUCAAUUCUCCUCAUCCUCUUGAGAUCCUGAGCGACAGCUCUGCUUACGGCUCAGAAGGAACAGUGUCUAGAGACCAUGAUAUGGCUUCAUACUUGAGAUCCAUCCGUACAGUGAUCCGUCAGGAGCUAAAACACAUUAGGAAGGCGAAGAUGGAACGACAACGCAACAUCUGGCAGCCGCUUGUGGCCUUAUCGAGCCUCCGGACGAGCAUUGCCCCUCGUCAGAAUGGCUCAAUUAACUCCUCUCAACAGCAUUCCUUGGAUGGGGUAAGGAAUCCAAUGAAGUUAUUCAGCUGGCUUGUAGCCUCAGGGCAUUUGUUCUUGCUCUUGAGAUCCAUUGAUUUCAGCCAGAGGGUUUAAUUUUUAUCUGGGAUUCAUUCUUUAUUUUUUUAUAAUUUUUUUUUUCUAUUUUUUCCCUCUCACAUGUCAUUGUAAAACCUAUUGUUCAUUCAAUCAGCUGAAUUAACCCCAAAUGCUUGAGCAUUAGCCUUCAUUUUAAUACAAAGAGGACUAAGUUGAUUUCAUAU